AUGUGCAGUAUCACCCCAUGCUCAUAUCUAGAUGCAUUAUCGGAACUUGGAAAAAAAAAGGAUUAUGAACAUGGUUUUGAUUUCUCUGUUGAAUUAAAUGAAGAUGGUAGCCUUCCAGAUUUUCCAAAUACUUUAGAUCAUUAA